AUGGUAGGUCGCGCGCGCAAAUAUGCCUACAAUCCUGAAGGCGCUCGCCAGCGCGAAACACAUCUAUACCUCCCCUACUGGGGAUUCUCCAACUCCGAAAAGUUCGCCCAAGAAUCCCUCGGCAGCUCCCCCAAUGCCUCGCGAGACAGUGUCCUUAACGUCUUCGCCCAGCUGGGUGCGUUGCGCAUGAACGCUCAACGGUCCAUGAUCUCUCUGUUCGACAAACAAACCCAAUAUAUCAUUGCAGAGGCCACACCGAUAUGCAACCUGCGAGGCGAGAACAAUCGAGAACAAGCUGAUGGCUUAUGGAUGGGUGUGGGCCGCUUCUCCUCCCCGGAGAGCACCAUGUGCUACCGCGCAAUGAAAUCGUUUGUCGAAGGUCAAGAGGAAUUGUUUGUUGUGAAUGAUUUGACCCAGGAUAAACGCUUUCGCGACCACUGGUCCGUAACCCACCGUCCGCACAACAGGUUCUACGUCUCUGCUCCAAUUCGGUCGCCCGAUAAUUAUGUCAUCGGGACUGUAGCUGUGCUCGAUGACAAGCCACGAGAUGGCAUUUCUGCCGAACAGGGCGAUUUCCUCUCGCAAUUGGCGGCUACAGUCAUGGAUUAUUUGUCUUCACAACGAGCAAUGCGCGAGGAGUACAGAGAAGAGAAGAUGGUACGCGCACUCGGAUUGUUUGUCAAGGGCAAGUCAGACUCUAGCGAGUUUGACAGAAACAAGGCACCGGAUACAGGGUACCAAAACCAGGCCGACGAUAUUAACAAGCGACUAGAGCAAUUGCAAAUUUCAAGUUCGGGGAUGGACGGAGAGGAGAACCCGGAAACGCAAGAACAGAAGCAGUCGAGGGAUGGAAAGAACAAGGUCGAGUCGCCAAUUCGGAAAUUUGCCGAAGAAGGAAAAGAAUCAAAAGGUGCGUCACCAAAUCUCGAGGACGGCCCAGAGGCUCAGGAAAGUAAACGACGACCAGCACUCUCUCCAACCACCAGUCAGUUGAAAGAGUCAUUAGCUCCGUCGCAUGUUCAGUCUGUUGUCAAUCGCGCUGCUGCAAUGAUCUACCAAGCUUUGGAUCUAGAGGGCGUCAUGUUUGUUGAUGCUAGCGUCUACACUCGUCGUCAGACAGUGGGAUCUAACAAACUUGACUACAAGCGAGACGCAUACAAUGCUGAAACUGCAGACCGCAAAGGCAGCAGCGAAGAGCACAUUCCGCAGGCGACAAAUCCUGAUUUCGGCUCAUCGGACGACAAUGGUGAAAGUCGGAGUCUCGUCCUCGGUCACUACACCUCUUCAACAUCAAAAGGGGGCGUUAACCUUAAAGACAGCCACUAUGUUUCUCUGGACGGAUCGUUCAUCAGCCAUCUAAUUGAUCAGUACCCUCAUGGAAAAAUUUUUCACAUCGAGCCGGAUGGCUCUAUCUCCUUGAGUUAUGAGGGCGCGUCGGAUGAAUUGAAUUACUCCGUGACAGGCUGUCGGGAGCUACCAACCAGCAAAACGGACGAAAUCAAUGUCAAGCAGGAGACUAUGGACAUCAAGCAGCUCAUGGAGGUCCUUCCAGAUGCGCGAUGCAUCGCAAUUUACCCAAUCUACGACUUUCAACGUGGUCGAUAUUUCACCGUCAACCUUGUGUGGACGAAUGACCCAGGCAGGGUGCUGUCGGAGCCAAAGGAUCUGACAUAUUUGGCUGCCUUUAGCAAUACUGUUAUGGCAGAGGUGUCGAGGCUGGACCUUGAAGCUACAGUUCGUGCGAAAGGAGACUUUAUUUCGUCCAUCUCCCACGAAUUACGGUCGCCGCUUCACGGCCUCCUCGGUUCUGUGGAGCUUCUACAGGAUAUCGUGAGUGGUUAUGCUCAACGAUCGCUCGUGGAAACAGUGUACAGCUGCGGUCGAACUCUUUUAGAUACCCUGAACCAUCUCCUCGACUACGCUAAGAUCAAAACUCUCACGCGACAACAUCCUACAUCAGAAAGCUCCAGCCAAAAAGGUCUAUUGGAGCUUCAGCCUGCUACGUCUGGCUUGAAACAAGAUGAGAACCUGGACGUGUUAGUGCAGGAAGUCGUGGAAGGCAUCCUUGCCGGCAUUGAGUAUCAACGCCGGGAGGCCAAAGGGGGCGCUUUUGAACGAAAUCAAACAAGUGAUCAAGAUUCUGAUACAAAUCGACAGCUGAUGACGAUUGUAGACAUUGAGUGGCUUGAGAGUUGGCGCCACAGCAUAUAUGCCGGUGCCUGGAGGCGGGUCGUCAUGAACCUGUUUGGGAAUGCACUCAAAUAUACUCAAUCCGGCUAUAUACGUCUACUUAUGAAGAAAGACGAAAUGAGAGUGGAUGGACAGAAACCUAUCCCGGCAAUAAGGAUGACCUUUAGCGAUUCUGGCCGUGGCAUAUCCAAGGACUUUAUAUUGAAUCAUCUGUACACAGCUUUUCAUCAGGAAGAUGCGACAGCUCCUGGGCUCGGAGUGGGACUACAUUUGGUACACCAGAUUGUGAAAUCUUUGAAUGGGACAAUCGAAAUCGCCAGUGAGCCUGGUAAGGGAACGGAUGUCGAUAUUGUUCUGCCCAUCGACCCACCAGAGCAUUCAGUGCCUCCCGAAGCUAACAAUAAUGAUUCUUUGAAGAAAGAAUUGGAAGGCAAGACGAUCUCCUUAUUCACACGAAGCUCAAAGUUUGGAAACACGGAUAUAGACCAAAAUCUAUUCGAUAGCAUGUUGACAAGCCUUGGGCGCAUGGCGACCAGCUGGUUUGGUCUACAGGUUGUGACUCCCGAUCAACACGAUGGUCAUGAAAAUGUAGACUUUGCUAUUGUUACGGAGCACGAAUAUCGCACAUACUACGACCAGCGUUCAGGGGAUCCGAAAGAGAAGGACUCAGGAGAGGUUCGGCCAUUUUACCCGCUAAUCGUGCUCAGUGAGCGGAUAAGUAAUUGGAAGGCAACCAACGAGACUAUAGAAGAUUCAGUCAUCUUCCUUACACAGCCGGUGAGUCCCAAAACACUAGCAACGGUGUUCAGACAUUGUCUGAGUGCUCCCGCACGGGUCGAGAAAUCCGGACCAAAAACUAUUUCUUCACCUUCCCCGACUAUAGAGAAUGGUUCAAUUCAAGAAGAGGAAAUUGAGAACGGAUCCGCAGAAACAGAAGUGAAUUCUACAGAAAAUGAAACAGAAAACAACACAGGAGCACGAAAGAUCUUACUAGUGGAAGAUAACCAGGUCAAUCUCAAAGUCAUCGAAAUGUGCGUGAAAGCGACAGGCUUUGCUUAUGAGACCGCAGACAACGGACUCGCAGCACUGGAAAAGUUCAAAAAAGAAAGAUUCGAUGCGGUGAUAAUGGACGUAUCCAUGCCGGUCAUGGACGGCCUCAGCGCAACACGCGAGAUACGUCAAUUCGAGCGACGCAGCAAGAGACCGCGAACAACAAUAAUUGCCUUGACCGCUGUCUUGUCAGCGAAUACACAGCAUGAGGCGCUGGCGAGCGGGGUGGACUUGUUUCUAACCAAGCCUGCCCCAAUAAAACAAUUGAAGGAGAUGUUACGGAGUCUUUCUGAAGGGAAGGAUAUUGUGGAGAAAUGA